AUGUCUUGCCAAUCCUUCUACCGCUCUGCCGUCAGGCGAUUCUCCAAGUCACUCAACUGCCAGAGUAAAGCUUCUCAUGUGCCGUCCACGGCCCGUUUACUAAGCACACGCAACACGCAGUUUACGCUCAACACAGGUGCUAAGAUCCCCGCCAUAGGGUUUGGUACCUUUCAAGAUCCUGAGUCGCAAGAGGAGGGCGUUUGUAGGGCUCUGAAGAUGGGCAUGCGUCUGAUAGACACGGCGCGGGUCUACAACGUCGAGAAGCAAGUUGGUAAGGGAAUCAAGGCUAGCGGCGUCCCCCGUGAGGAAAUUUUCCUUGGGACGAAACUUUGGUGCAACAACUAUCAUCCCGACGACGUCGAGAGAGCCUUAGACGAGUCUUUAGCCGAUCUAGACACCCCCUAUGUCGACCUACUCAUGAUGCACUACCCAUGUACCUUCAAGAGAGGCCCAGAGCGCUUCCCCAGAGACGCUGAUGGUAAGAUGAUCCUGGGAAACACGACUUUCGUCGAUACAUGGAAGGCGAUGGAACAGCUAGUGAAAAUUGGCAAGGUCAAAUCCAUUGGUGUUUCCAACUUUAGUAAGGGAGAGUUGGAAACCCUCAUAGAGAAGACGUCGACGACCCCGGCUGUUCACCAGAUGGAAGUUCACCCGUACCUGCAGCAGAAAUCCUUCAACCAGUGGCUUAAAUCUAAAGGUAUUCACGUGGUCCAGUUUAGCCCUCUCGGUAACAUGAACGACUUCUAUAGGAAGACUGGCUGGAGCAAGGAUAUCUCGCACAUGAUGAAACUUAUCGAGCAGCCACUACUACUAGAGAUCGGGAAGAAGUAUAACAAGAGCGCGGUACAAAUCGCAUUAGCGUGGGGCAUAAACAACGGCCGUUCCGUUAUUCCCAAGAGCGUUAUCGAUUGGCAAGUCCAGCAAAACCUCGAAGCCGACUUCGAACUUGCGAAAGAAGACAUGGAAGCCCUCGCUACUCUGGACAUCAAGGCGCGGUUUAACGACCCCAGCUUAGACUAUCAGUGGAGGCUAUACAGCGAUCUCGAAGGUACCGAGGGAACAGUUGAGGGACGAACUCAUUAG